GGACUUUUAUUUUGGUGCCGGUGCUUUUAAUUACAAAGCGGAAAUCUACAGGGGUCUUCCGCUGUCUCCUCUACUGAGCUCGCGCUGAACAGUGACCUUCUCCGAGCGGUCCAGUGCACUUAUAUACUAGAGAUGGCAGGUGGUGCAUUCGCUGGUUGGUGGACUAAGGUGGCCCCUUACUACACCAAAGCAUACCAGGAGAUGUGGGUUGGUGUAGGAAUCAUGACUUUCAUGUACUACAAACUUUCAUAUGGAGGAAAGAAGAAGGCAGUGCAGUCAAAGCCUGCCCACUAAUUGGACCACCAGAGCGUCAUUCCCCAUGUCCUCUCUGUAAAUCUUCCCUUGAAGAACUUCCCAUGGAUAUCUGUAUUUUGUUUUAUGUAAACAAUAAACCGCUUGAUUUGAAUCACACUAUGUACAAUUAA